AUGGAUCCCGUUGGUGUUGAGGCCGAAGAACAGCAGGACUUUGACAGCUUUUGCAUUGCGCCUGAAGUGCUCUCGAAUACCUCAUACACGGACAUUUCAGCUUCCCAGCUCAAUGGAGCAACCCUUGUGCAAGAUGCAUUCGAUGACACAUUACUCGAGAGCACGUCGGAGCUGCCCUCCAAUGAGCCUCCUAUCAACUUUUUUGGCGGCUCUGCAAGUCUCGAGAGUAUCUUACAUCAAGCAUCCACCAAUAUAGCUGGAUGGCCAGAUUCCAAUGACAAUUUCGAGGGUGUUUGGAUGGCCGGCGACCAUGCUGAGCGAUAUGGCCCAAUGAUUUCCUCCUCAAGCCGGUCAAGUAUAUGCCUCAACACCAGCGGCAGCCUGUCAAGUAAUGGUGAGGGCCUUGAUCAAGGCCCGGUAGAGUACCAGUUGAGUAACUUGGACAUACCCGGUGAUCCCCCACAAGCCGCUCGUCCAGUUCCACCCAAGGCUGGGACUCGAUUCUCCCUCAAGACGCUCAAGAUAUUACAGCGUUGGUACUCCAUCCACAUAGACCAUCCCUAUCCACGCAACGAGGAAAUGCAGGCUCUUCAAGAACACACGGACUUGAGUAAAACCCAAAUCUCAAACUGGAUGGCCAAUACUCGGCGACGCCACAAACUUGAGAAGAAUCCUCGGCCUUCGACUGGACUUUCAUCUCUGCCUCCCGCUGGUAUCCCGAGUAGGCCAGCAACACCGGCUCCUAGUCAACGGUGGUCACGGCGAGAUACGAGUCCUUUGCAGCGCUGGGUUGAUUCUCCCGCAGAAUCAGAACCUGCGAGCAUUGCUGCAAUUGCCGAGGCAGUUGCGUCUAGUCCCCCGAGAGAUCCUGAAAUGCCACAAAAUCAUUUUCUCUGUGACGACGGGACGGACCCAUCGUUUGUGGUCUCAUCCACAAGCAGCAUGGGUACUCUCAGCGGGAGAUCAUCAACAUCAGCCCAUUCGAGCGUUUCUGGAAAACACCUCUUCGGUAAGAGGCGCCGCCGAAGAAAGCCAAAUCGAAGAAGAGUAUUUCUUGGUGAUAAUGUAAAACCCUUUGAAUGCACAUUUUGCACUGAGACAUUCCAAAAGAAACACGAUUGGGAACGACACGAAAAGACAAUCCAUCUCCGCCUUGAAAGAUGGCUGUGUUCGCCUAAUGGAUCCCGAGCGGUCAAUCCACAAACGGAAUUGGUGUCUUGCGUAUUCUGCGGUGAACCUGAGCCGAGCAAUGAGCACAUUGAGCGUCAUAAUCCAUCUUCCUGUCAGGAACGGAUUUUUAAUCGCAAGGAUCAUCUGAAGCAGCACCUCCGCCUCGUCCACAACUCUCAGCUUGUCGGUUGGGCUACAGGUAGCUGGCAGACUUCGAUUUCCAAUAUCCAAUCUCGAUGUGGCAUCUGUGACAGCAGGAUGAUAACCUGGGCUGAACGGGCUAUCCAUCUAGCAGAUCACUUCAAGAUUGGUCUCGGCAUGUCUUCUUGGAAGGGAGACUGGGGAUUCGAAAAAUCCGUUCUCGGCAUGGUGGAGCUAGCGAUUCCUCCAUACCUCAUCCAUACCUUACGAGCAACCCCAUUCCCUUUUCAGGGUAGUAGUGGACCAGUUAGCUCUCCGGAUAGUGCUUUCGAAUUGAUCGCCUUGGAGUUGGCCCAUUUUAUGCAUACAUACCACGAUUUAACAAGCACCGUCCCUGAUACAGCAGCAAUACAAUUAGAGGCUUGUCGUAUUAUAUUAUCCUCCGAUGUUCAGUCUGUUGAUGUUGACCAGAUCCAGGAUCCAGGAUCAUGGCUCCGGGAUCUCAUUACUUCCAACGAUGAGAUCAUGCAAAAAGCCCGGUUUAGUCCCAUCCGCUCAAGUAAGGAAAGCAGACUUGCAGUACCUAUCGUCAUCGGCAAGAAGAACCUCUUCGAUUAUUGUCCUUUUGAGCUUGAGCUAAAGAACUUUGUAAAAGCAAAAAUAGGAUCUGGACAUUUAGACAUUCCGAGCCGCGAGCUGCAAGAUGAGGCAACUGAAAUCAUCAAGCGAACGGGAAAUGAUGUUAUCCUACUUUCAUCAGACUUCGUUGUCGGUUGGCUAGUUGAGCUCGCCCGUUCAUCCUCGCGGUGGCUCCGAGGAUUCCGAAUGCGUGCUCAUCUGCCACCAGAGGAUCGUAUUCCGAAUCCACUAAGUAACAAUGAGGCGACUUCAACGAAUACAGACCACGUUUCAACACAAGAAUCCUUACAAACUGCACCAGAACUCCUCCUCUUACACGGCUGUCAUAAAAACGACCUAGCACCGAACUCUUCGGAGCCCAGUUACAAUAUGUGGCCUACUUUCAGCUGCGACCCUGAUUUAAGAUGGACUCCAUUUCACAGCAAAGGCUUCCCUUCUGUGCAUGCGACAAAUUCAGCUGCAGGACUAUUAUCCUAUGAUCAUCCAUCUGUCCUCCCACUCUCAACAAGCAAUAUAGCCCUGGACGGCCCCGACUAUGAGCUUGCAGGGGUAAAAACAGGACUCUAUAUGUUAAACGACCCGAAUAUUCACCAGAGGCUAGCGCGAGCACUGGGUCGUUGGACUAGGGCUAUGAUGUCUCCUGCAAACCCUAACAGUCAUAUUCCUACCGACGAGGAGCUUCGGCAUCACGCUCGCUGGAUUACAUUUGAAGAUGAAGAUGUCUGGCACAAAACAGCGGCCGAUAACGAUGAGUGGCUGUACCACUUCAAGGUUAACGUCGCGUCGUUUGAGAACCUGCAAUGUUCCCUGAAGGCCAUUGGAGAGGCGAUUAGCAGAGUCAAUGGCAACAAUGCCUUAGCCCAAGACGCUGUUGAGGAGUGCAAGAACUCGUGCGAAGCUGAGCUUAAAGCUCUGGGAACACUUCUUACGGAUUUAAAGGGGCUGCCUGUUAAUCCCGCGGGACCCUUUGCUAAAGCGAGAAGUUCCAUGCACAAAUGGAGCUAUCCUUUCAAAAAGAAGAACAUCACCAAGCUUGAGGGCAGAUUGAUGUCUACAAAUAAUGUUCUUAAGACUGCUUUAUCUGCUUUACAGCUUUCCAUUUUGAACGAUCAGAGCUCAGCCAUCUUGGCCUUGCAGAAGAUGAUCGACGUUAUUCAAAUGAGAACAGAAAACACCUCAAGAGUGACAAUAGAGCAAGCUAUCGAUUUCGGCCAAUCUCGCCAGUAUAGCCAAUUCAUUUCUCGACCUAUAUCUACGACGGCUGAAUCAAGGAUCGACGAAAUCCUCACGCACCUACGCAACGCCGGUACUGCACAAGCACAGAUUGCCCGACUUGCGGCAUACCCACAAGAUCUACAAAUAUUAUGCGAUGCUAUUUCAAAUGUGACAUUUAGCCAGCGACCACCAUCCGAGGUGCCAGUUCUUCAGCCUGUGAGUUCUGAAAGCCGUCUGAGCCCUGGAACGCCUGGAUUUUGUCGUUGUGUAAAGCGUCAAGAAUUGCAGCGCAGCGCCGGCCGUUGGGGUCUAGUAUUUUUCGAGACAGAGCUCACAAAGACAACACACCACACGCCAGAAUGCCCCUUAUCACAGAUAAAGACCGCAACCCAACGAACGAGAAGUGUCCUUGGAGUAUCCAUUCCCAACAUCUUGGGUAUCUUGACAGCCGCCAUCGGUGUCUCAGUCUCUCUCACAACUGGUGCUGGUGGAUUUAGCAUUGGCCAAAACAUUACUUGGGCUGCAACGGUCGAUGAGAAUUCCUCCCCAUCUUUCAGGAUUAUCAGGACUCUCUGUGCCCUCAAGCUAUGGACAGAGCCGAGUUUGGGUAAUGAGCAGUACCAUAUGAUCGCCAAGUCAUGUGUGCGACGACUCCAUUUGUGUUAUGUCAACCGUCAAGCAUCCCCAGUUGACAUAAACAGCAACGGCGAAUCAGUAAUUGACAUCCUCACAUCAGGGAUGAAAGGCAGUUCAGGGCCGGGGAAGAAAGCAGGAGAUGGUGUUGCACUUGUUUUUCGGUCUCUUGCUAAUUUUGAGGUGCCUGUCACCUACGAUCGUGACGGGGAUCUGCGCUUCCUGUCAUUUGUUUUGGAAAGCGACUGGUUACUUAACACCGACAUGCUCCCUGAAACCAUGUCAGCACUUUUGUCUCGGUGUGGCGAGUCGACAAGACAUGACUACAGGAGCGUGAAAGGUUUUGACAAGUACCCACAAAGACGUAGCAUUCUCAAAGAAUUUCCCCAAAUCGCCCAAAGUCUCGGGUUCAACCCGCUGAGCAUCGCAGUUCUAAGGGAGGAUGAAGAGGACGUCCGAUUCCUAAUCAAAAGAUACCCGUCGCUCAGAAUGGACGUCAACUAUUGUGGCCAAUCACCUGUUCACAUAGCAGUCGUGGUCGGAAAUCUGCACAUACUCUCGCUCGUCAUCGAAGAUCUCAACCCCGAAACUAUUAACACCAUGGACAGUAUGCAAAGAUACCCGAUCGAUUAUGCAGUUUACCAUCUUCUUGGGAGGCCAAAGGCAGAUCACCAGCAGUUAUGUGUCAGUUGUAAGAUGGUGGAGCUACUGCUUGAUUCAAAGGCAAUUCUAUAUGAGCGAUCUCUGAAAGAGGGUCUAUGGGGACCAUGUACGCGCACCAAGACAGUCAUUCUUCAACAUCUGGUACAGAGAAGGAAGGAAUUGGAACAACUAGCAGUUUCAAACCUUCCCGCUACAGAGAUACAAAACCUCGGUCUAUGCAGAGGUUGGAUCUUGGACAGAAAUGCUUCCAAGGUUCAGUGUUGUCUCUCAGCUCAAUCCUGCAAUGUACCAAUUUAUCUCAAGAUACACUCUGAGAAGUGCCCGGCGGUAUCGCAGGAAACCCCAAAGUCCGUCUAUACAUAUAUACUUGACAGAGAGACUGCUGAAUAUGCCUUUUCAUUGGGCUUUGACAGGGACACUGCUUUUAUCGACGUUUUUCGCCGCAUAACAACUAAUGUCAUCCGAAGAAGUUCCUUUGGUUGGCCCUCUCCCCGGUACAUCGACUGGAUACUCGACGGUGGCGGAGACCUUGCAUCGAUAGUACCAGUGGAUUUCGUGCCCGGGGUCGUUAAUCAAGCAACAUGGGCUCAUUAUCUUAUGUCAAUUUUAGGCUACAAGGCAAGAUAUUACCCUUACAGACUUUACGACAAUGCUUUGCCGCAGUCAGUGGCAGAUAUUGCCUUUUCCGAGGUCCUAGGCGAUGAUUGUCUAUGCCACUGCUCCUCACAGGGCUGCACACCUCUCAUUAAGUUUUUGGAAGGCCUCGGGUGUCGCCGUCGCUUCCCUCGAACAUCUUUUACUCUGACAGAAGCUAUCAGAUCGUUUGUGGCCAGCACCCAAGCUCUAAUUGCCGGAGAACAUGCUGCGCAGAGCUGGAUGCCUCGUGCCGUCCUACGCUACGCGACAUUUUGUGCAUUAGGACUCCGUCAUACUUGCUGUAAACAUGCGAACGGCGGGUCAUGCUCCAUUAUGGAUUCAGGCGAGGUCGAUGAGAUACAUGAGGAGGAUUCUGCCACGCUACAACAGUUGGAAGACCUCGUUUCGUAUUUCGGUGACGGCUACGGAAGCAUGACCACUUUAGAUACAUUUUUAAAGGACGUUUGGCUUCCAAAGAUGAAAGAGGUGUAUCGAGAGACGACUUCUUACAAUAUGACAGAAGAGGAGCUCAGGAAGGCAGAAGCUUGCGGCGUGAAGCUGGCCAUUGCUGAUAGCAAACCUGUCCUCUGGUGUGAACCACCCAAAGGUACAGAUUCCAACACGAAAGUGGAUGUUGACGAGCCCGAACGUCUUACUGAUAUUAUACCAAUUGGUUUGGAUGGGUGGAUGAAACGAUUAGACGAGAUCGCGAUAGAUCCAGAGAGGCCUGCAUUUGUCACCCCUGCGUCCCCGAGCACUAUUGCUGUGGCCCAGACCGGUGUCUCGCAUGUCACAUAGUAGUGUCAUAACUUCAGACACAGUCAAAAGUAGCAGUAUAGAACGAUGAGGGAGAUAUGGUAUUGUAUGAUAAAUUGCGAUAGAAAUUAUCGCUAGUACCUUUAGAUGAUAUCAUGAUCACAGGGCUUUCCUUCGAAACCAGUGGCAUCAUGCAAAUGCAACGAAGCCGCAUCUCUAACCCUUUUGAUAGACCCGACCGUCGUGUUGGACGGUGUUUUAGGAAUAAGCUUAACACCAUCGAUAGCGAGCUUGCUCAAAACAUGUGCAGCAGCCUUUGCAUUGAUGUGCAGAGUCUCAGGGACCGGGUUCGUGAUGUUAUCGCAAGCUUGGUGAUAACAAGCAUCCUGCUCAAGACCCGUUCCAGUGAAAAGACCACCAACUGGCUUCUCGAUGACUUCCCGGAAGGGAACAUAGUCAGUUCCACCAGUCAAACCAACGGGUGUAACUUCGAUCUUUUCCUUCUCAAAGAACUCCCUGAAAAGGUCUUCGAUGACUUCAGAACCAGGAGGUCCACCAGGACCUACCUUCUCGCCGGUUCCGUCGAAAACACCAAAGAAGCCACGAGAUACCAUGUCGAAGUUGAGAUAAGCCAAAAGGUCAUCCACGUCGGUGGUCUUCAGGUUGUUCACAUAGUAGCGAGAUCCGACGAGACCGUUCUCCUCGGCGCCCCACCAUCCAAAGCGGAUUUUGAGCUUGGUGGAAAAGUGCUGCAGACCCUUUGCUGUCUCGAGGAUGAGGGAUGUUCCUGAUCCAUCGUCGUUGAUGCCAGGUCCUGCUUGGACUGAGUCGAGAUGAGCGCCGAGCAUAACGACAUUCUCGCCGUCGCCGCCUUUGGUUUCGGCGAAGACGUUCUG